AUGUGUUGGUGGGGUUCUAAUCUCUGUAAUCAUUCAGGACGCAGAGCUGGUUCUGGUCCAGAGUCAUCUGCAACACGAUCAUCUAUUGCUCCUGCCCUACCUAGUCGUAACAGACCAACAGUUCGAGGCUCUGGAAUUACUGUUCUUGGUCAAGGAACUGGUGAAGGCCCAUAUUAUCUUGCUCCACAAGAUGGUAAUCGUGGAAGAGAUAAAACACCUCAAGGAAAAUCAUCUAAUAAUCCACCUGGUUCAUCAAACGGUCCUCGUGAAUGGACUAAUCCAACACAUUGGUCAAAUAAUACAAGCAACAAACAACAACCUUUAUCUGGAGCAACUUCAUCAUCACCAUCAUCACAACACUCAACAGGUGAUUUCAGUCCAUUCUAUCCACAACAUACCGGAGCUGGUGUUAUACCUUUCAAUAAUUAUGAUGAUCCAGGCUAUGGUCUAGACGAUAUAGAUGAUGAAAUGACGAAAACUACCGUCGAUGAAUACAUUGAAGAUGAAUUAGAUGCAUCCAGUUCAUCACCAUCUAGUGACCAAAAUAACUUACCUAAACUGCCUUCAGUAAAACCACGUGAUUUUAUGCAUAUUGAUUCUAAUAAAUACCCUACAGAUAAUCAUCAAAAUAAUCUUAACACUAACUUUUAUAGUUCUAAUCAUCAACAACAGUAUAUAUCAAACAAUUAUCGACCAUCAGUACCAACAAGACAGGAUGGAUUUAAUGUAGAUGAACAAAGAUCAACUGCAUAUCGAUUUGAUCAACGUGGAGUGUAUAUGAAUGCUGAGAUGGAAUAUGGUGAACCACCUCUUGAAGAUUAUGUUAUUGUAAAUUCAGAUGGUUCAGUUCAACGUAUAGAUCGUGAACGAUUCCGUCAACAAAAUCAAUCGACUGACCCACUUUCACAUAUGAGUAACGUUGGCCGAAUUGUUCGUAAUCCUGGAGCAUAUCUUACAAAUAAUAAUAAUAAUCUUCAACGUAGAGGUAUGACAGAUAUUGGUCCACUCCCAGAUGUAACUAUUGGUACAAAUACAACAGAUACGCGAUAUCAUCAAUUACUGAAUGAUAAUCAUCGCAACUCUUCACCCACUCUCUUAAAUACAAACGAAAUUCCACAUGGUGUAAAUAAUAAAUUAGCUGAUCAGUACUUAAAUCAGCUGCCAGUCAAUUCUCGAAAUUCUCCAACUAGUCACAAGUAUAAUACUCAACCUAUAUCAGAACCAAACAAGGGAUCAACCGAUUAUACAAAAGAUAGAUCUCAUGGAACUCAAAUUAAUGAAGGGAACUUGUCAUCUCUUCCUCAUCACAAUACUGAACCGAAAAUAUCCUAUAUGGAACCUGUGAUGAGUAAUUUAAAUUUGAGUAAAACUGGAACUACCUUACAACAAAUUACUUAUCAAACUAACAAUAGACAAUUUAUUCAUCCUUCUGGUUUACAAACUAUCGCUGUUCAAGGUGUAGAUGGUGUUUAUCCUGUUAUUGCUACAGGUAGAAAUUUUGAGAAUGAUUUAACAUCCGGUGGUUUAUGGGAAGCUGCAGAGUUUUCAGAUGAAAUUUUAAUGGAGUCCGAACAUAAUGAAGAAAUUAAGAAAAUUACAAUGGUCCUAGAAUUGUGUGAAUUAUUAGCAGAAUUAGCUGAACGUCGAGCAUCUGCACUAGCUGAUUGUACUCCAACACGUGUUGUAAAUACAGAUAAUGAUAGUAAAACAACCACUACAGAUCCUUCUGCUGCUAAUAAUGGUAUAUCACUAGUUAAGCUGGACAAUCAACAAACUAAAUGUUCGUCGAAUACUAAUAGUCUUGAUAAUAAUCAUUCUGUUGGCAGUUAUAGUAAUAAUGGUAAUAAUGAUGAACAGGAUUCAAGCAAAAAUUGUCAACAAGCAUCAUCCACUGCAUUGAAAUUCGUGUCUGAAGCUCAAAGAAUUGUUGAACAAAUUGUACUUUAUCGACGUGUUCUCUAUUACUUGGAAUAUGUUUUUGAUCAAGUUAAAAAAGCGUUUCAAAACGGUCGUCUAAAAUCUACACCCACUGCAAGAAGACGUUUAGUCGAUUGUAAUACAUUAUACCAUCGUUGUUAUAUCCGACUUAGACAAUUAGCAAGGCAAUCACGUCGUGAAGAUUUAAUUGAACCAGUUGGUAGACUUUUAGCUAAUAUUACAGCUAAUCGUUUAAUAUUUCAAUAUGCGUUGGAUCAAUGUUAUGCUGCUGAAAUGGAUGAGUAUAUUGGUGAAAUCGCAUUAUCUCUUCAACGAUAUAAGGCUGGUAUCACUUUAAUUCAUGGCCUAUGUCAACAUGCUAAAUCACAAAGGGAUAAAACAUUAUUAUCGGAUUGUAUGCGGUUAUUAAGAGAACGCUAUGCUUGUUUAUGGUCGACUGCUACCAAACCGAAUCUACAAACAAUGCAUUAUCAACCUGAUACAACAAUGCCAACCACCACCACAACAACAACAAUAACUCAAUGUUCUAAUGACAAUCCUACAAAUAUUCUUUUACCAUCGGACAGUUUACCCAAUCCUAGUUUAAAUGAUCCAUCAUCAGAAGUGAAUAAUAAAUUCACUGUAACGGUUGGUGCCUUACCCAUGACUAAUUGUGCACCGAUCACAUCACCUUUACGUUGA